UCUUUCCUCCGUUCUUUAUAUCUCCGUUGAAUACUUAUCUCCCCCUUCCUCGACGGCGUGAGCAUAGUUUUUGUUGGGUUCCUGAUCUGGCGAUGCUUCGAUUGUUCUUUCAGAAGCCACCGCUGCUGCCAUCCGCCAUCCCAAAUUUCGUUUUCUCCCUUCUUUCUGCCUUCCUCGAGAAGACUCUACUUGAAACUUGAGGUUUUGGUCUCCCUUCUUUUCCCCCUUUCCUCCGCGCCGCGAAUUUCUUCAUUGGGUUCAAGAAAUUGGAGUUCCUGAUCUGGUGAUGCUUCGAUUUGCAGAAUCCACCGCCGCUGCCAUCCGCCACCUCGGAGCUCCGUUCCUCCCUUCUUGUUACCUCCGUCCAACAGAUUCUACUUGAAACUUGAGGUUUAGGUCCCCCUUCCUCCAUUAGGGUACGGCAAGAACUUCUUCGUAGGGUUCAAAAAAUCGAAGGUUCUUGCAGGAGCCUCCGCCGCCAUCCGCCAUCGCGGAGUUCCUUUUUUCCCCUUAUUUCUACCUCCCUCCAAAAGAUUCUACUUGAAACUUGAGGUCUUCGUUCCCCUUCAUACCCCCACUUCUCCGUUAGGGCACGCCAAGAACUUCUUUCUUUGUUGGGUUCAAGAAAUCGGAGUUCCUGAUCUGGCGAUGCUUCGACUGUUCUUGCAGAAGCCACCGCCGCCACCAUCGGACGGUGACGAUGGCGUUGGUGGGGGGAACAGAGACGCCGUGGAGGCGACGCUCUCUCUCCUCCGGAACAUCGAGUCGGUUCUUUGGUCAGUUAUCUCCUCCUGCGGCCGGUACGAGGCCCGCCUCUGGCUCUGCAACACCGUCUCCUCUAUCCACUCCAUCGCCGCAAGGGACCAGCUCCACCUAUUCAUGGAGCUCCUCAGAUCCGAGCGGUCCAAGCUGGAUGUGGCUCCUCGGCUUCUGCAGAUGAUCUUUGAGAAGCGGCCACAGAAGGCUGGGCGUAUCCUCGCGAAGCGGUGCUACUUGCUGGAGAAGUUCUUUCAAGGAAACCCGAGGCGCAUCUUCCUCUGGUUUGAUAAUUUCGCUGGCGUCGGUGAAUCAGGACAUCAAAAAGGAGCUAGGGCACUGUCCCUGUAUGCUUUUGCAAAUCGGGAUGUUUGCUGGGAGGAGCUUGAGUGGAAGGGAAAGCAUGGGCAAUCACCUGCGGUUGUUGCCACAAAGCCUCAUUACUUCCAGGAUCUGGAUAUUCUGCAGACCAUAGAGAAUUUUCUUGAGUAUGUUCCUGAUUUUUGGUCCUCCAGUGAACUUGCAGAGUCAGUUAAAGAUGGUGAGAUCCUGAAGCUUGAUUCCAAAUAUUUUGUAGAACAGUUUGUAGGAUUGAUGUACAAAGAAGAUUUAGAAGAUAUAUGGGCAGCAAUUGAAGAGUUUAUACUGGAGGAGAAUUUCUCCUCACUUUCACAAAAUCUUCUCAUUCUGCUUGAUGAAGAUAGGCUCCUAUUGUUCUUGAAAUCCAUCAGAAAAUGCAUUCAUUUGAGUGGUCAGUGCCAGGAUUUUGGAUAUGCAUCUUGUUGGCUCGAGAAUCUUUUGGCAACAUGCGAUGACCAAAUAUCUCUUGAUGAACUUCUCUUAUUAAAUGCUGUUAUUGGUAAGGGCAGGCAGCUUGUACGCCUUUUGGCUGAUGAAGAACAUGAGGAAGAGAAGGGAAAGGUAGACACAAUUUUGAAAUCCAAAGUGACCCUUAGUGACGCAGACCAUUGGGCUCUUAUAAAAGAAUGUGUAAAUAUGAAGCAGCAGGUGGCUAUAAAAGUGGUUGGGCAGCUCUCUUGGGUUCUUCACUAUUUGUUGGCGAGAGAAUGCAUGACAGCACAAUCAUGGGAAAUUCUAUUUAAAACUAAUGGAAUACAUUUUCAGAAGGCUGAUGACUAUUCUUUGAUACAAGCUGAUGGAAUUAGAGAAUCUAAUCUCGAUAGUGAUGUUGAAGGUUGGGCAAGUGGUGGUAAAAAAAUGUGUAGGAGGGACAGGAAGAAAAGGAGGAAAAAGUAUCAUCGUGAUUAUAACAGUUCGGAUGAGAUUGAGAUUGAACAAACCAACGCAUGGCAAGGUUUGCAGGCAGGAAGGAGUUGGUUUCUUUCAACAGAUGGCUUUUCUUGUGCAUGGAAUAUUAUCCAUCCUUUGAAGGUUCACAGUUUUGAUGUUAAUUUUGACCAAUCAUCAAAAGAGGCUGAUUUGCCUGAGCAUCUCUCUAGGCACUGCUUUAAAACCUGGACGAAGUGGAUUUACUCCAAGUGUUGAUCUUCCAGUGUUAAAAAUCAAAUUUUAGAUGUUGGGUUACAAAGUGGUCAAUUUUGGCAAGCAGCGUGCGGCAUUCACGGACUGUCAAUUUUGCUAUGCAGGUGAUUUGCUUUGCGCUGAGUCCGUCUGUCAUUUAAAUUCAACGAUGACGGUGUUCAUGGACUGUCAAUUUCGGUCGAAGAUAAUCAUCUAGGUGGGGGAUGGGAUUGUAGGGCCACAUGAGUUGUGAAUUUGGAAUCCUUCUGACAAAUGACCGGUGUUUUUACAUUCAUCUCCUUGCCCUAAAAAGAUAAGAUCCGCAGAAAUGGAAUGCUUUACUGGCAUCUAGCGGGUUUGUACGUUCAUUAUUUCGAGGGCUAUACAACCAUUGUGUGUGCCUACUUAUCCUCCAAAACAACAUGCGGAAAGUUUAAAGGUGCAUGGCAUGCUGCUGGGUUGUGCCACAGACAGACUCGGUGAGGCAAAGUGCAGAUGCUUUCCAUAUUAUUUUUGCCGUUGCAGAGUGGGGACUUUGAAUAUUAUCAGUAUUUGAAUAUUUUAUAUCAUAUGCGCCUUUCAUAUCGCAUUAUAGUCCCAACUUUCUUCCUAUGU